AUUGAAGAAUAAAUUUGUACUGUACAAUUUUAAAGUUUUAACCGAGGAACUUUCAAUUUAACUGCACUAAAGCGGCGUGUUACACCGAAUUAACUUGCUUACAAGCAAGGGAUUCGAUGUUUUUAUUUCAAUGUUUGUAGUCAGUGAUUUCUCCAGUUUUGUACCCUACGGUCGUGAAAUUGUCAGACUCGAACCACGUGUUAAGACUUUUGGUGAAAAGUGUGACAGCUUACAUGAACCGUGGGGCGAUGAAAGUAUAAGAAAAAAGACAGAGUUUUGGCAGUUGAGACACUCUCUUGAGAACUUUGAUCACAUUGAAGAUGAGAUUUAUGUUUGUGGUCACACAGCUGUUUGGAGUUCACGCUCUGGAGACUCAAAAGUUCUCCACAAAUCUUUCACUGUGGAAUCACCAAUAACAGAUGCUUUGUGGUGCGUGUUCCGUACCACAGACACAAUGAAGGAAAGAUGUCUUUGCAUUGUUGAAGAAGAUGUUAUAAAGGCUUUUUCACAAAGUGGAAACAUCGAGUCAACACCCUUACUUUUUAAGGUAUCAAAGGUUCUUGCAAUUCAUGGUGGUUUGAUUUUAGAGAGAAAUGUUUUACCUUCAGAUUCAGAUCAACAGAAAAGCAAGAAGAUUCCGACCAUCUUCAGUUUAUUGAGCCCAUUGGAUGAACCAAGACCUGUUAUUGGACGCUAUGCGGGAAACACUUCGUUCAUGCGCGAUACAACUCUACAUGUCGUUUUCACAUUCGACGAUCCUCCAUUACUUCUUACCUACGAUUCUUUCAUCGGAGUUCAUUCUCUUUGGUUGAUACGAGAAGCAAAAAAGGAGGAAUAUCCUGAACUUCCAACGAACAAUGAUUCGUCUUAUGUACUUCCUCAUGCAACCAAUCAACGUUUUCCCACUCCGAUAUUAAAACCAAGCGCCUACUCGCGACUCUCGUUGACCACAUCCUCUCCAGCUCAUAUGACCGUGACUCGUACUUCGUCUCCUGUAGAGAAAGGUCAAGGACGUCUGCCACAAUCGCCAUUUAUGUCAUCGCCACAAAUGUCGCGGUUAGUUUCAAGCAGAACUCUGCUUGAAUCACCAUCUGGUCAGCACAGUUUAGUAUAUUCAUCUUCCAUACUUCAAUCUCCUGACAUCUUUCGAUCUUCUGCAACUGUCGCCAACAGUUUCCAUGAAGACACAUUCUGGCACACUAUUGAACCACUAGAACCGGAGAUUUGUCUGGAUCAUAUUUGGGAGGAAGUUUCAAAUGUCAGACACGCCAGCAAAGGGGAAGCUAGUAAAGCGUUUAUAGCAACUGAUGUUUGUGGCGUGAAAUAUGUUUGCUUUCUUGUUCCUCAUGUAUCGAAAUUAAGACUUACAAAAUUUAGCUGUGGUGAAAGAGCCAGCCAGGUGAUAUUUGGUUCUACUUUUGAUAUAUCAGCCAUUGAUGCUGCCCCCAUCAAGGGCCUUAACAUGAUUCUCGUCCUUUCUCGUGACUACACGUUGGCUUUAUACUCUGGCAAACAUAAGGGUUGUGACAUCAGACUGAACAGCUUGGUAACUAUAAUUCAAAACGAUAUAACAAAUCAAGAGGAUUCGCAAUUAUCGUUUUUAUCUGAGACUGUUUUGGCUUCACCUUUUCACUCAAGCCAAAGUUGGCAACCUUCGUCGACAUUUGACAACACGAGUGGAAAUUCAGUAAAUACAUUGGUAGAAGAUGAGAGAAAGCCGUACGUUCUAGGGUUAGGGUUAGGGUUAGGGUUAGGUUAG